AUGCAUGGUCCAUCGCAGGAGUUUUCCGCCGAAGCUUCGACGAUGCUGGGGUCAGCGGGUACGCUGCAGAUGAUUCAAAAAUGGGUUGAAUCAAGUUGCAUCGAUUCCCCUGCUGCACGCUUUCAAGAUGACAGGCAACUGAAGGCUCACAUGGCUCACAUGGCUCACAGCCCAGCACGUUUGUCGCAGAGCACGUCGGAGAACUUGACAAGCCACACGACGGCGACUUCGUCAAGCAAGCAUCUGAAGAGUCCGGACAUCGAUUGGCAGAGGCCUUGGAUUGAUGCACUGUCACACGACACGCAAGACGCCAAGCAAGAGUGCACAGACCUUUUCCUGGGUCAAGAAAGUGCAGAUGGCGCUUGGUGUCGGAGUCGAAAUGGCACCAUCACACCGGAGUCAAAGCCUUGGCUCGAAACUCCUGUCACACCCGUCAAGGUCAGUGUGAAUCCGCGUCGAACGUUGAAGGUUGAGGGCCCCAUUCAAAAGUCUAAAAGCGGCAAAAGCGGCAAAAGCGGCAAGACGCAAGUGCAAGGCCCGCGAGGCUCAAGGCCACGCAAAUUGACUCGUGUGUCAGCUCGACACGUGCCUCAGAAUCUUCAGGGCCUCUUCGACGCAAAGGAUGGAUUGCAGGAGGCCUUCGACUCGCAGGAUCUGCACAAGGCCGUGUCGUGGCUGAAGGGGCUAGGGAGGAGAAAGGUCGCAGCUCACGAGCUGGAGAAGACCCGCAUCGGCCUCACGGUCAACGCAUGCCGCAAGACUGCGGAGCCCUUUGUGACCAAGUUGGCCGAAAUAUUGCUUCAGAGGUGGAAGCGUGAUUGGCGACUUGAGCGCGAGCUGGAGCAUGCCCUGCAAAGAAGCUCCUGA